AUGUCUCGACUCGGGAACCGCGCCGACUGGGCCGACGACGAGGAAUUCGACGACCCCUCCGCUCUCCCCGCGCAACAAGUGAUCUCCAACAAAGAUGGCACCAAGACCGUGAUCUCCUACCGCUUUAACGAUGAUAACAAAAAGGUCAAGGUGACCCGCCGCAUCAAAACGACCGUCGUCCGCGAAAAUGUGAACCCCCAGGUUGCCGAGCGCCGGUCGUGGGCCAAGUUCGGUCUCGAGAAGGGCCACGCCGCCGGUCCCUCGUUCGACACUACCUCCGUCGGCGAGAACAUCGUUUUCCGUCCCAGCACCAACUGGAAGGCACAGGCCAAGGAGGCCGAGAAGGAGGGCGGCGAGAAGGGUAGCAUGAAGGACCAGCUGAAGGACAAGAAGGUCAAAUGCCGUAUUUGUUCCGGAGAGCACUUCACGGCCCGCUGUCCCUUCAAGGACACCAUGGCUCCCGUGGAGGAGCCCACUGCUGGUGGUAUGGAUGCCGGUGCGGAGGAUGCCGGUGGACUGGGCGCUGGCAGCUCCAGCUACGUGCCGCCUCACCUGCGCAAGGGUGGUGCUGGCGGCGGCGAGAAGAUGGCCGGUCGCUUCGAGAAGGACGAUCUGGCUACUCUCCGCGUCACAAACGUCAGCGAGUUGGCAGAGGAACAGGAGUUGCGGGAUCUCUUCGAGCGGUUCGGACGUGUCACCAGAGUUUUCCUUGCCCGGGACCGCGAGACACAGCGGGCCAAGGGCUUCGCUUUCAUCAGCUAUGCGGACCGCACCGAUGCGGUACGCGCCUGCGAGAAAUUGGACGGCUUCGGUUACCGCCAUCUCAUUCUUCGCGUCGAGUUCGCCAAGCGAUCUACUUAG